GGUCCACUUUGGAGGCGCCUUAAGACGAAGAACGACAUAUUCCAUACACAUGUCUGUCUGUAUGUAUCUUCUUCUGUACUAGCAACUUUCUCCUCCGAUCAUUACCAGGUAUCUUUGGAUCACCAGAUUUAUGGUUUCAAAAAUGAGAGUGUACGAUGUUUUGGAACAUUCGUGCCGAAACGUUAUUCGCUAAGCAUGAGAGCUAAAGGUCUUACUCAAAAGCCUGCACAGCUUUCUUGUUCCUCCUGCUAUUGAUAGGAUACGAUAAACUUUUAUGGGGGCUUUUUGGAGCAUGUCACGUACCCCUGACACCACCAGCAUGUACAUGGAGGUUUCUUCAGCUAAAACCUUCAAGAGGCAAAUGAUUUCAUCUGUCUACUGCGAGGAGAACUUAAGAUUGAUUCCUACUCUUCCUGACGAGAUAUCAAUCCGCAUUUUUGCUAGAGUUCCAAGAAUUUGGUACUUCAACAUGAGGCUGGUGGCGCGUAACUGGAAGGCAGUCAUGGUGAGCCCUGAGUUAUUCAAUUUGAGAAAAGAACUUGGCACGACAGAGGAGUGGCUAUACUUGCUUACCAAGUUUGAAGAUGACAAGCUCUUCUGGCAUGCUCUUGAUCCUCGGUCAAAAAAAUGGCAAAAAUUGCCGCCAAUACUAAAUGGUUUUUAUCAAGAUGAUUACAAGAAGGGUCUGUACGGACUUUUGAUGCGGAGCAUGGCGGGGCAAAGUAGUAACUUUACCAACAUAAUUAGGGGAUGGGUUGGUCGAAAGCAUGCAUCCGGGCUGGUACCUUUAACUGGUUGUGCUACCGGAAUGGCUAAUGGAUGCCUUUAUGUCCUAGGAGGAUUCUCAAAAGCUUGUGCUAUGAGAUGUGUUUGGCGAUAUGAUCCGAUUAUGAAUGUGUGGAGUGAAGCGACUCCCAUGUCUGUAGGUAGGGCAUAUUGCAAGACAAGCAUUUUGAACAAUAAGCUUUAUGUUGUUGGUGGGGUUAGUCAUCGGAGCCUUGGUGGAUUGGCUCCUUUGCAAUCGGCUGAAGUUUUUGAUCCUUGCACGGGUAACUGGUCCGAGUUACCAAGCAUGCCCUUCUCAAAAGUUCAGGUUGCACCAGCUGCCUUUUUGGCUGACAUGCUAAAGCUGAUUGCCACUGGGAUGACUUCGUACAAGGGGAGAUUAUGUGUUCCUCAGAGUUUGUGUUCUUGGCCAUUCUUUGUCGAUGUUGGAGGAGAUGUUUAUGAUCCAGAAACGAAUUGUUGGGGUGAAAUGCCGAUCGGGAUGGGGGAAGGGUGGCCUGUGAGGCAGGCAGGGACCAAAUUGAGUGUUGUGGUAGAUGGGGAGUUGUACGCAUUGGACCCUUGUACUUCACUCUGUAGUGGGAAAAUAAAGGUGUAUGAUGAGAAAGAGGAUGCUUGGAAAGUGGUUAUUGGAAAAGUUCCUAUGUGUGAUUUUUUGGAGUCAGAAUAUCCAUAUUUACUCACGGGUUUUCAUGGGAAGCUUCAUGUCAUCAUGAAAGAUGAAAAUCGUAAAGUUGUAGUUAUGCAAGCUGAUCUAUGCAAUAAUACUGCUUAUUCUUCUGCUUCAUCCUCAUCAACUUCUCUAGCUUGUGCUAGAUCCUCUGUUGAACAUUCGAAUUCAAUGGCAGAAUCAGAAACGGUUGUUUGGAAGGUCAUUGCUCCAACAAAUUUUGGGUCUGCUGAACUAGUGAGCUGUCAAGUUGUUGAUAUUUAGCAUUGGAUUUGUUGGAUGGCUAGCCUUUCUUGGAGAUCGAUUAUUUCUUUGCAAAAAGGAAAAGGAGAAUCAGAUUCAGAUAGUAUAUUUAUUUCGUGUUUGGUAUUCAAGUUAGGUGGUGUUAAGCUUUCCUCUGCUCUCUUUACAUUGUUGAUGAUGUGAUCUUUUUCUUCCAAGUUUCAAAUUCUACCAGAUGAAGAACAAGAAACCAGCUAAGUUUCCCAUAAGCGCUUCGAGGAACAGUUUUCUUUUUUUUAAAGUAUAUCUUUUGGAAAGAACCUACGACCUUUGGUAAUAUGUACUAGCAGAUUCUAUCGACAUAUUGACCUAACAUAGUAGAAUAAGCAUCAUGAUAAAUAAAUCUUAUUAUUCCAGUA